AUGAGCCAUAAUAAGUUAAGGGAAAAUACACUAGCAGCAUGUGUCCUGUCCCCAAUAACCACAAGUACAAAAAAGAAGCUGUCAGAUCAGGCGAAGUCCUCAAAGCUGAGCAGCAAGUUACCAACAACACAGUCUGAGACAAACUCUACAUCCUCAUUGGUUAAAUCAGGAACCGUUUCUGAGAAAGAAUCAGACAAUAAAAAGUCCUCAGUGUUAACGGCGAGCGUCACUUUGCAUUCACAAUCACAUGAAGUUGUCUACAAGAUUUUCACUUAUAUUGUAAUUAUACUUCCUACAUUAACAUCAAUAAUUUUCCCAAUCAAUACCAAAAAUGUUCCUCAAAAUGAACAAAUUGGAAAUUUUGUCAUUGACUUGUUGACUGUUGUGUUGAUCAGUUGGGUGGUGAGGUUUACCCUUGAGUGGCCAUACAAUUGGAUGAAGGAAUUAGAAUCAACAAAAACAAAGUUACUCCAACAAUUGAAUGAAGAUGAUUUUGCCAUUGAAAACACUGAUAAAGUGGUUUUGAUGGUGCGCAAAAUUAACACAUUUCAAAUUAUGGCAUUGGUUUGUUGUCUAGUAUCAUCGCUUUUGAGUUCGGUUUUACUCAUAUGGACUCGGAAAUACACCAUAAUUGAUCAAAAGCGUAAGAAAAUGGUGUUCAAUAAUGUCAAUAUUGCAUUGUUGCAAUUCUGGUCGAUUUUCAGAAUCAUCAUUACAUUUACUGAUUCAUUGCAAUAUUCAUCUUUGAAUAACAACCAUAGUCCAAUAUAUACCCAGAGCCCUAGUUUUCAAACCUGGUUUUCCGAUUUGAAGCAAUAUUUCCUACCCAAUCUUACCAAUCAAAUCUUGUUGGAUCAUUUACAAGUUCAUAAUAAACAGUUUGAUCGAUUGAAGUUGGAUUUGAUUAAAUUGCAAAAGGAGUUGGAUAACAGAGACAAAGCUCAAAACCAGCAACGCGAGCUCUUCCGUCAACAGAAACAUCAACAGCUUCAACAACAGCAACAAUUGCGACAAAAAGAAUUGCCAAGUAAUAGCAAGAAAAUCAAACAGCCCCAACCUCCACCUCCAUUACUCUUGUCACUGCAAGAGAAUACCAAAUUGGAGCAACAAAUGGUAGCCAAGACCCAUAAUUCAAUAUCACCAUUUCCUUUAGGGGUGCCACCUCCAAGAACUUCGCCGUUAUUUUCUUUGAUGCAAACUGAAGUUGAUUAUUCUCAAUUUGUACCCACACCUUCGUUACACAAACAUCACUCAUUUUCUCAAACGCCUUUGAAAACAAUUGUUGAAGAGGAUGAUUUGAUUUUUGAGUCAUUGGAACCACCAUCUUUCAAUAGAUUUGACCAACCGGGUCAAGCUCUUUCAAACAAGACUAUAUUAGAAUGCACCAGGUCUGUAUUAAAGUCUAUUAGGAAUGAGAUUUCGAUCCUGGAUUUAUUCAACAAUCCUAGUUCGGUUAGAAAAGUAUUGGUUGCAGAAUUGGCAUUUCUUAUGAAUGAAUACAAGUCAAGUGAUAAUGAAAUUUUCAAAGUGUUUUUGAUGGAAGUGAUUGAUAAGUACUUAUUGGGAAUAUAUGUUCAAAUAAUGGAUCACUUGGUGGAUAUCAUUCAUCAUCCUUUACAUCAUUUAUUCAAUGCAAUCAUUUGGGCCAAUUUCAAAUUACCCAUUCACAUAGCUAAACUAUACUUUAAAUUGCUUUUGAUGGUUCCUUUCUUGUUGGUGCAAUGGUUUAUGAUAAAACCAGUAAAGUUUGUGGCUUUACAGGUAAAUUCUUUAGUGAGAGCUAUAUUUUCCUUGGUUAUAUUGCAAUUGGCAAGUGAUGGUGCUGCACCUCAAUCCACUGUUGCUCCUUCCAAUCAUGUAUCUCCUUCCCCUCAAAAACCAACAAAUUUCAGUUCAAUUGCUAAAUUAGACAAACCGCUAACUGAUCCUACUCGAUUUACCAUGAAACAAUUUCAUCUUUCUCCUGUAUUGUCAAAAGAUGAAUAUUUGACCAAAAAUGUUGAUCAAGAGAGCAAAGCACAAGCUAAAUACAAAAAUGCCCUGUUAAUUUCAAUAACUCCAAGUUCAUCAAAAUCGAGUAGUAUUUGCAACGGCAAUAUACCUAGACAAAGUCUUAAACUAAAUAAUGCAGUUUUAUAUGAUGAUUAA